GCUGUGAACUUCACCCCGGAGGAAUGGUCAUGCCUGGAGGCCUCUCAGUGGAAGCUCUACAGGGACGUGAUGCUGGAGACCUACCAGCAUCUGCAGGCUGUCGCAUGUGGGAAGGCCUUCGAUCAAUCAUCACAUCUUAUUAUGCACAGGAGAAUUCAUACAGGAGAGAAACCUCAUGAAUGUCAGACAUGUGGGAAGGCCUUCAUUCACAUGUCUAAUCUUAAGAGACAUAUGAAAACUCAUAGUGGAGAGAAGCCUUAUGUAUGUCAGGAGUGUGGUAAUACCUUUACUCGAUCCUCAGGCCUGAGUACACAUAGGAGAAUUCACACUGGAGAGAAACCGUAUAAAUGUAAGGAGUGUGGAAAGGCCUUUACUCAAUCCUCAAGCCUCAGUACACAUAGGAGAAUUCACACUGGAGAGAAACCGUAUGUAUGUAAGGAAUGUGGGAAGACCUUUGCUGUAGCCUCAGGUCUUAGUGUACAUAAGAGAAUUCACACUGGAGAGAAACCUUAUAUAUGUAAGGAAUGUGGGAAGGCCUUUGUUGCAACCUCAAAACUUACUGUACAUAGGAGAGUUCACACUGGAGAUAAACCAUAUAUAUGUAAGGAAUGUGGGAAGGCCUUUAUUGAAGCCUCAGGCCUUAGUAUACAUAGGAGAAUUCACUCUGGAGAGAAACCGUAUAUAUGUAAGGAAUGUGGGAAGGCCUUUGCUGUAGCCUCAAGGCUUAGUGUACAUAGGAGAAUUCACACUGGAGAGAAACCGUAUAUAUGUAAGGAAUGUGGGAAGGCCUUUGCUACAGCCUCAAGACUUAGGAAACAUAGGAAUUUUCACACUGGAGAAGGACCAUAUAUAUGUAAGGAAUGUGGAAAGGCCUAUGCUUGGGCCUCAGCAUUUAGAGAACAUAGGAAAAUUCACACUGGAGAGAAACUGUAUAUAUGUAAGGAAUGUGGGAAGGCCUUUGCUGUAGCCUCAAGACUUAGUGUACAUAGGAGAAUUCACACUGGUGAGAGACCGUAUAUAUGUACGGAAUGUGGGAAGGCCUUUGCUGUAGCCUCUACUCUUAGGGAACAUAGGAAUAUUCACACUGGGGAGAAACCAUAUAUAUGUAAGGAAUGUGGGACGGCCUUUGCUAGACCCUCAAAACUUACUGUACAUAGGAGAAUUCACACUGGAGAGAAACCAUAUAUAUGUAAGGAAUGUGGGAAGGCCUUUGCUGGAGCAUCAAGACUUACUGCU